AAAUAACACAAAAUAAUUAUAUGAAUAAUAAUUAUAAUGUAAAAUUUAAAAAUUAAUGUAAACACAUGAUUUAAUUGAGUUGAUGAAUCAAAACAUUGAAACGAGUAUGGCUUCUUGUAAAGGAUAUAUUAAAAGUCAAUUUCCAACGAUAGAUGAUGAUUUGUAUGGAUAUGUUGAGGGUAUACUUGACAGUUCAAAAGAUGAUUUUGAAGAUGGAGAUGAAGUUUAUGAAGCAAUUGGACAAGUGUUACACGAGGUAGCUGACAAAUCAGAAAAUGAGGUUAGAAAAAUAUGCAAAAAAUUAUUGCGAAUGUUAAAAGGUAACACAAAUGACACGACAAAUGAAAAACAAAAAAAUGGUGUCAAUAAAAUUCUUACUGGACCAGUACAUUUGGGUUCAAUGGCUGCAAAUUUAGAGGAAGAUGUUGAAGAAAUGAAAAGUAUAUGGGUUACAACAAGAGAUGAUUCAAUGAAAGUUGAUGCUAGAAAACUUGAAAAAGCUGAAGCUAAACUUCAACAAAAACUUGAAAAAAGAACUGGUCAAGAAUCAUCAAAUGUUGCUAAAAAUUUAAUAAAUACAGCACAAGCAAAUGAAUCAGCAAGUGCAAGUCAAAUGAUAAGUAAAAAAGAAAGUAGAAUGGAAAAUAAAGGAAAUACAAAUAAAACACAAGAUAUUAGAAUUGAAAAUUUCGAUAUUAGUUUUGGUGAUAGAGUAUUACUUCAAGGUGCAGAUUUAACACUUGCAUUUGGACGUCGUUAUGGUUUUAUUGGUCGUAAUGGUCUUGGUAAAACAACAUUACUUCGUAUGAUAUCAAGUAAACAAUUAAGAAUACCAACACAUAUACGUGUACUUCAUGUUGAACAAGAAGUUGCUGGUGAUGAAACAUCAGCAUUAAAUUCAGUUCUUGAAGCUGAUUAUGAACGUAGUGCAUUAUUAAGUCGUGAAGCUGAAUUACAAGCAUUAAUUGAAAAAGAAGGUGGUAAAAAUGAUCCACAAAUUGGUGAUGAAUUAUCAAAAAUUUAUGAAGCAAUGCAACUUGCUGAAGUUGAUAAAGCACCAGCAAAAGCUAGUGGAAUAUUAUCUGGUCUUGGUUUUUCAGUUGAACGACAAUCAUGGCCAACAAAAUCAUUUUCUGGUGGUUGGAGAAUGCGUCUUGCACUUGCACGUGCAUUAUUUUCACGUCCAGAUUUAUUAUUACUUGAUGAACCAACAAAUAUGUUGGAUAUUAAAGCAAUAAUAUGGCUUGAAAAAUAUCUUCAAUCAUGGCCAACAACAUUACUUGUUGUAUCUCACGAUCGUAAAUUUUUAGAUACUGUACCAACUGAUAUAUUAUAUUUAAAAGCACAAAAAAUUGAAUCAUAUCGUGGUAAUUAUGAACAAUUUGAAAAAACAAAAGGUGAAAGAGAACGUAAUGCACAACGUGAAUUUGAAGCACAACAAGCUAAAAGAGCACAUGUACAAGAAUUCAUUGAUCGUUUUCGUUAUAAUGCAAAUCGUGCAUCAAGUGUACAAAGUAAAAUUAAAAUGUUAGAAAAAUUACCAGAAUUAAAAGCCAUUGAAAAAGAAGGUGAAGUUACAUUAAGAUUUCCUGAUGUUGUACCACUUAGUCCACCAAUAUUACAAUUAGAUGAAGUAUCAUUUCGUUAUGAUAGUUCACCAAAUAAUGAAUUUUUAUUUACUGGUGUUAAUUUAACAGCAGCACUUGAAUCACGUAUUUGUAUUGUUGGUGAAAAUGGUGCUGGUAAAACAACACUACUUAAAAUAAUAACUGGUACCUUAAGUCCAACACGUGGUACAAUACAUCUUCAUCGUAGUCUUAAAUUUGGUUAUUUUAGUCAGCAUCAUGUUGAUCAACUUGAUAUGAAUGUUUGUCCAGUGACAUUGUUACAAAAUCAUUUUCCAGGUAAACCAGUAGAAGAAUACAGAAGAAUGCUUGGUAGUUUUGGUGUCACUGGUGAUUUAGCAUUACAAGUUAUUAAAUCAUUAUCUGGUGGUCAAAAAUCAAGAGUUGCAUUUGCAUUAAUGUGUGCUGCAAAUCCAAAUUUUUUGGUACUUGAUGAACCAACAAAUCAUCUUGAUAUUGAAUCAAUUGAAGCACUUGGUAAAGCACUCAAUACAUGCCAGGCUGGAGUUAUACUUGUGUCUCACGACGAACGACUUAUCCGUUUAGUAUGUACUGAACUUUGGGUUUGUGGUCAACAAUCAGUUCGAUGCAUUGAAGGUGGUUUUGACGAAUACAAAAAGAUCAUUGAAAAAGAACUAGAAGCAUAAUUACAAUUUAAAUUUUUCAUUUUUUUUUUUUUUUUUU